GGGCACAGGUGGGUGGCACUGGUGGGCACAGGUGGGUGGCACUGGUGGGCACAGGUGGGUGGGCACAGGUGGGUGGCACUGCUGGGCACAGGUAGGUGGCACUUCUGGGCACAGGUGUGUGACACUGCAGAGUGGCACAGGUGGGUGCACUGCUGGGCACAGGUGGGCGGAACUUGUGGGUGGCACUGCUGGGCACCGAUCAUCAGGGCACUGAUCAUCAGUGCCCUGAUGAUCCGUGCCGAUCCUCGCUCUGACAACUGCCGGUUCUCGGCAGUACUUUCCUCACGAUCUGACAGCGUGAGUAAAGUGCAGCCGAGAACCGGCACUUGC